AGUAUGGUCAUGACAAAUAACAGUCUUGUGCUAGAUGGUAUAUGAAAUAAUAAAAAGGCAUUUAUUCAGUACGACAUGGCAAAAUUACUCCAUAAUGGUCAAAACUGUCGACUUCACCUUUACUGUCGCACCUCCUGAACGAAAUUUUAUGCCACCGUAGUUAUUCGGGCUUUUGUCAUUUCCCUGCCCCGGCUUCGGAGAAUGUAAACAAACCAAGAGGCGUGACAGCUAAACGACAUGCUAACCCGUACCGAGUGAUAUUUCAAAGUCUUCGAACCGAAAAGUCACACAUAACUAGCCCGGAUCAUUUCACACGGCGGCGGGGUUGUCGAUUGUUUUUGCCGAACGGCAAUCCGCCCGGCGGCGAGCAAGUCAUAGCUCAUCGUUACCCUGCUUAGGGCAAAGGGCUCGUUUGCGGGGAAGCAGCUGGACAAUGACCGCCGGACAAACCCGCCGACAUCGGAGGAGCGCGUAGCUGGUCAACACGAAUAUGGCAAAAUAAUGCUUUACUACACGGUGAAGACGUAAACAGCGAGAGAGUCAUAGGAGAGCAGCUGCAGUUGUUGUGCAGCUAACAUGGCAGAAUGUGUCUGAGGAGAGCUUUUCUACAUGCCCAUCCAUGAUCAAAUGUAAGUAAAUAGUCCUUUAUUUAAAGAAAGUUUGUUGUGUUUACUUAUUAAUCGCCGUAUUCGCGGCCAUUUUUAACACGAACUUGCAAUUUCUGAUUGGAUGGAAAAUUUGACAGAACAGGCACACGAAGAGGGCAAUAAGCCGAGUAUGGUGCUCUCCCGGCGGGGGGAUGUGCGACAAGCUGCCGGUCGUUGGCCAAGGGGACAAGGAGCAUGUCAGCCACAAAAUGCAAGCCACCUUGGUAUUCAAACGUGUGCCAUGAUCCCAGUAUUUAACAUAAUACAAAAAACGAUGUUUACUCACUUCCUUGUAAGUCCAAAGGUCUCACAGUUGUCACACACUUGUUUUGGCCGACCUCAGGGUGAACAGGAACUUUCUGAAACCCAAAAAGGCUUACACGCCUCUCCCUGGUGCAGCCACAGAAGCUCGCAGCCGUUUGGCUGGCGUGAUGCAAAAAAUAAACGAAUUAAUCCGCAAAAUCAGAUGAAUCCGCAGUCCAUCUGCAUGCUUUAAAGCAAUGCUGUGUUGUGAGAUGCUGACCCGGGUGACGUCACAUUCGCAUUCGUCCUAAACCCGAGACUGGAGCCGGAAAUAACUUAUUUCCAUGGCGCGGGUUUCAGAAAUUGAAUAUAUAAAACGAUCGCUUCCACACACAUCCAAGCGGUCCAUUUCAUUCAGGAGCAUAAAACACCGCGUGAAAUAUGAAAUAAACAUGCUUUUUGGUGUCAUACGCACUUUUAAUGUUAACAGUAAAAAACACAUCGAGGAGGACAAUUCUCUCUAAACAGCUUCCUACCCGAGUUUUGCAGGUUAGCAAGGUCACACAGUUUAAUGCUAUGCUAAUUCUGAUGCAGGUCGGACUUUCAGUUGCAAAAUUUAUGGUGUGUUCCCGACCUCCACAACAUUAACGUCUUUUUACAUUACUUAUACUGGCUGCUGCUGGCCAAAAAAAAACUUCUAAUAACCCUUUUCUUCGAAGGAUGCGGCAUGUUGUCGACAUGUUGUCUGUGUCGGGGUUGUGUGUGUGUGUGUGUGCGUGUGUGUGUGUGUGCGUGCGUGCAUGCGGGUCAUUAGCCAAUAGCGUACCGCACGAAUGCUAUUUUUAGACCAUGACGUCGUAAUGCGGAAGUGGGUCAAUAUAGACACGCCCUCGCAUACAAUCCAUGUUAUUUCUGCUUGUUUUCUCCGGUAGUCUUUUAAAAAAGAACAUGCCGAGUAAACACUGCUGCUAUGGAACUUGUAGAAACGACUCUAGACAUUACGAUAUAUGAAGGAUGUUUUUUCAUACGUUUCCUGAAACCAAAAACUUCGAGGAAAAAAUGUGCAGAAUGGAUCAACUUGUGCGGACGUCCAAAAGACCAGUUCAAUGCCAGCAAGGUGAAACCAUUCACAUUUCAUAUGCAGUAAACAUUUUGUUGGGGGCCAUGGUCCUACAGAGGAUGAAGAGGUAAGCCAGUUUGAUAUUUUUACUUAUUUUUUAGCGUGGCGUUUUGCCGUGCUGCUUCUGUCUGACAAUGAAUGACCUGAAAAAACUGCCACUGUUGUUACCUUUUCUGUUGUUAAAAAAAAAAAAAAAACUUUAAUGAGGGGGAAGUGUAAAUAAAUUAUAGAACUAAGAUUUGUUAUUAAUGGAAAAAUUAAAAGUUUUCAUCAGCUGUCACUGAGUUGCAUUUGCACUCGCUACACAAAAAUGUAAGCAAUGUAAAUUACCCCCAAGAACAGUCAGAGACGUAAGACAACCAGAGGAUAUAAUAUAUAAGAAAGACAGGGCAUAUAGUGGUAAAGGAUAGAUUGUUGAAACAGGAGAAUGUCACUGUCAGUGGCAUAAGGCAAUGCGCACAAGUAAAAGCUCUCGAUAAGAAAGCUACCUCUGGAUCAGGUCGGCUCUUUUUCUUGUCUUUUUCAGCCCUCGACACUCAAGCCAUCAAAUAUCAUGGGCAUUACUGAAUGCUUAUGACAGAUGUCAAUAUGUGUCAUGUGGCAUAUUAUGUCACUAACUCCAUUUAUGUCCAGCUCAGAUCUUUUACGUCCAUUCAAAAGUGAGAUAAUUUGCUGGAUGACAUUAACCAACAUCUAUUAUAAGCAUUCAUUAAUGCUUAUGACAGUGUCAUGUUAUAAUUAUGACAGUAUUAUGGCACCACUAUCCAAGAAAAUGUUACCAAAUACAAUAGCUACCAAUUAAUGAAACAACUGGAAAAGUAACUGAAAAAAUAUUUAGCACAGAACAUGAAUUUUGAUUGUUAUUCACAUCUGUAGUGCUGCAAUGCAUGCUAGGAGGAAUGUUGAAUGACAACAGUGUUGACAGCAGGUGGCAGCAGAGGUUGACUGUCUCCCCCAAGGGAGCAGUGAUGGCCAAAUGAAGAUUUUUGAAACAAUAAGGCUUUGCAGCCAAUUGGUUCAAAGCUUCAUGGUGGUUCAUUUGGUUUCAUGACAGUCUUAUAAUGCCUUUGUCAAAUGAAGUGUUACCAGUUAAUAUCUUUUGGUGUAAAUAUCCCAUAAUACAAUGAGGACAAGUGCGGCUUAUAGUCCAUUGCGGCUUAUCUAUGAACAAAUACUGUUUUCAUGUCAAAUUUGGUGGCUGGCGGCAUAAAGUCAGGUGAGCCCUAUUGUCCAGAAAUUACGGUACUUCAAUCAAAAAAGUUGCUUAUUUUUGCAACUUUUUUGAUUGAAUAUUAAAGACAGAAAUCUACCUCCAUAUGGUUCCGCCCAGGGGAUACAAUUUUUGACUGGAGUCACUACAUUGGCACGACACCGGCGGGCGUACCAUAUUCAAUGGAUGAAGAUCUUGGCGAAAAGUAUUGCCUAAGCAGCCUGAUUUAGAAUUCCCCUCAAGAAUGAUGGGAAUAAAAAAAACGCUCAUUGUCAACGUAUUACUAUAAAUAUUCUUGUAAGUUAAUUUUUUUGCUGACACUGCGUUUUGGGGUCAUCAACAUUUUGUGCCCCACCCUGCCCCAAAAGUCAAACUCCGCCUAUGGUUCCCAGUCUAAAUGGAUUGUGCACCGAGCACCGUCAAUGCAGCCUUAGAGUUAACUGAGACACUAUUAUGGUGGAAGAUUUUGGUAGCAACUUGUUGGUUCAUUUUUAUUUUAUUUUUUUUUAAACAUUGACACCUUUUCAAAACGAUAUCUCGAUUCAUGGCAGGUCAUAUCGAUAACCUUUUGGAAUACAAAGUAUCACGAUAUAUCACCAUUUCGAUAUUUUGUCACACCCCUACUCUGGGGUGAAAGUGGGCCAGAACGGUCAGGAACGCAGUUCCGGUAUAAGAUUCAGGGCCAGAACGCAGUUCUGGUAUAAGAUUCAGGGCCAGAAUGCUGUUCUAGUAUAAGAUUAAGGGGCGGAAUGCUGUUCCGGUACACGGUGCUUUGAUUCCGAAAAUAUGACGGCAACUGUCAAAAUGCUAUGUAAAAAAACAAAAAAUGCUAGGAUGCCACACAUGCAUUUCACCUCCAAGAAGAAAACAAUCUACCAACAUCAGCAUCAACAUUUACAUACACAAAUGUUUACAACAAGCAUAAUAAAGUGCUUGUGUAGCGUAAUCCGUUUCCAACAAUAUUUAUUAUUUAUUUUAUUCCACGGACGGCAUGGAGGUUUCCCCAGCUGCUGCAGUUAUCUGAGUCUGACGAUGAUGAGUCACAUCAAUGUACGAAUGCACGCAGCAAAGCAAAACUCCUGGACUGAUUUAUCCAUUCAAUUGGCUGACAUACUGACAUGUGAUCAGCAGAGAUAGUUAGCUCUGAUUGGUCAAAAUGUGCAUGUUUUCUAGAACAGCAAAAAAAAAAAAAAAAAAAAAAAAGUUGAAUUGAUGCGACAAAAAAAGGGCAAUGCAACAUAAAAUGGAUCAAAUCUUUAAGAGUAAUGAAAGAGUUGAGGAGGAUUAUUUAUCAUAUUUCGUUUUAUUUGCUCUGAUGGAGAGGUUCAGAACAUCUUAGCUGUCAAUGUGAACUUUGGACUUAUAUUUGUUCAUUUAUGUUGGGCUACAUAGUACAUACCCAUUUCCUUAUGAUUUAAAAAAGUCAAUGUUUGUGCAAUAUUCAAAAUACUAGUAUAUUUUAUUUCACUCUGCAUAAUAUAAGUAAUUUGUACUUAUUUUUCUGAAUGUAGGUUACUUAAAUCUGUAUUAUUAAUAAAAAAGUAAAUGUUUACAUUAACUUCAUUUUUAAUAUACGUCAUAUGUUCUUAAGUACGUAGUUAAAAUUGAGAUUUGGCAUUUAGUAUGUGAGGAAAUGAGGGAAAAUAAAAAUUAGGAGAUGGAGGUUGGGGUUAUUGCUGCUUUUGUUACAUUUUAUUUUGCAAAUCAUUGAAAAAAUACAAUUUUGAAUGAAAAUUAGUUUUUGUAUGUGUUAUAGAAAUAACUGUGCUAAAACAGUUUUCUUUGCAUUUCAGUAGUUUAAGAAGUUUGACCCCCCCCACCCAAAAAAAGGUAACACUUUAUAAUAACUAUCCGUUUUACUAGUUAAUAGAUCAUUAGUAAACUGUUGAUAAAUGAUUUGUUUAUUUGUGAAGUAUUUGUUAACAGUUUGUUAAGCAUUUGCAGAGUGUUCCAAUAUGGUUGACCCCAUUCUAAAUGCCCAUGCUAGUUAAUGGAUCUUAAUAAAACUAUAUACGCUUUAUGUUGAAGGUCAUAAGUUUUAUUGGUUAAAUAUACAAAGAAAAGUACAAAUAUUUGUUGGUUCUAUGGCAGAUUUUCAUAAAUAUGCAACAUGAGCGCUGCCUGCAAAAUGCCUUAUCAAAAUGCCUUUUCUUUUGAAGUGAACGGCAUUUCUCAACCUUAAAAGAUAGAAAUGCCAAAUGUUACACACAAAAACUUGAAACGUUUCUACACAAACUGUGUUUCAGGUUAAGAACACCCUGUAAAUGCUUAACUGUUAACAAAUACUUCACAAAUCAACAAUAAAUCAUUUAUCAACAGUUUACUAAUGAUCUAUUAACUAGUAAAACGGAUAGUUAUUAUAAAGUGUUACCAAAAUAAUAAUAAUAAUAAUAAUGAAAGGGGGGAAAAAUUAAAUAAGUAAAAUUUCUGGCUCCGUGGCGACCUUCACGUCGGGGAGUUCCGGCAAGAAAUUCUAGCCACUUUCACCCCUGCCCCUACUUGUAACUGACAACUUCUUGCAAUGAGUAAAGUUAGUAAAGCGCACUGUAUUGUUGUCAAGGAGAUGGCAGCGGGGUGGGCGCGGCUUGUAGUCCGAACUGAGAGCUUCCUCGGGCGGGGAGGAUGUGAGCGUGUGAGCGGUGGAGUCACUCGCCUCCUCCCUCCCACCGCCUCCUUCGUCUUCUACGUCUCCCUUCAUCCACUCCUUAUUCUUCAUCGAAAGCGGGCGGCGGUUACACUCCCACCUCAGCCAUGAUUUAAGGACCAACGCAACCUGCUCAUUCUUUGUUUUACUGUCAGCCACAAAUCUUUUUUUUUUUUUGCGGGCGGGAGGGAGAUGGGGCGGAAGAAGAUCCAGAUCACCCGCAUCGUCGACGAAAGGAACCGGCAGGUUACGUUCAUGAAGAGAAAGUUCGGAUUGAUGAAGAAGGCAUAUGAACUGAGCGUGCUGUGCGAUUGCGAGAUCGCUCUGAUUGUCUUCAACAGCUCCAACAAGCUGUUCCAGUACGCCAGCACCGACAUGGACAAGGUGUUGCUCAAGUACACCGAGUACAACGAGCCCCACGAAAGCAGGACCAAUUCCGACAUCAUAGAGGUGCUCAACAAGAAAGAACACCGGGGCUGCGACAGUCCAGACGUGGUGGACAGCAACACCUACGCUUUGACGCCAAACACCGAAGCCAAAUACAAGAAGAUCAAUGAUGAGUUUGACCACAUGAUCAGGAGCCACAAGAUGUCGACAAGUAUGCUGCAGCAAAAUUUGGUGCAUGCGGAAAGAGGAGGAACAAGUGAUGGACGAAUGAUGACGGCGUCACAGUCACAGCACACUCACCUGCAGAGGAACAUCCACGCUACGCACAGGUCGACCUGCACCCCAAACGCAGGUGACACUGACACACAAAGCAAUUCUGAUCUCAUCCUGCAAAAUGGAUCUGGACCAGAUGUGAACAGAUUUGUGGAAUCCCCCAUUAAGAUCGUCCCGCCCAAAUCUCCCACGCCAAUACGCAAGUCGGAUCUGCGAGUGCUCACACCUGCAUCCAAAGCUGCAAUAGCCACACUGGGUGAACGUCAGGCCAGUCCAGCUUUGAGCACACCCGUGGUCUCCGUUAGCACCCCAAGUCUAACUCUGCACAACCUGCUCUAUGGAAAUGAUUAUGAACUGAGCAGUGCUGAAAUGCCUAAUUUUUCUUCCCCCGCUGGACCAUCUUUGAACUCCAUGACCACGUGGCAACAAAUAAACAGCUCAAUGGGGCCCAGCAUGACCACCAAUCACAGCAACAUCAGCAUCAAGGCAGAGCCCCGCUCGACUCCUCCACCCAUCCGACGCUAUGCGUCCCCCUCUGACAGCACCGCCCAGCAGGAUGAGCAUCUGCCGCGCCGUCGUCCCGACUUCCUGCCGUUGGCCGUCACUCGCUCGGAGGCCGGCGAAAGCGCGCCGACCAAGCGUCUGCGUGCGGACAGCUGGGUCACUUAGACGAGUGGUCAUCGUUAAUCAAAUUAAAUGGAUGCAUUUCCUGGUCUCAGGGUCGCUAAAAGCAAUAAGCACCAUGUCCUGCCAAAAAUUGUUAAAUUGUUUUCUUGAGCACGCCACAAGUUGCUGAUAAUGUUGUCCUGUAUUAAUUAUAAAAUGUCUCUAUUGUUGUAUAUAUAGUACCUUUAAUAUAUCACUUUGGCUUUAACCAAGUGUUCUAUUCUUAUUAUCAACACAUAUUUUAGUUGUUGUUACUUUCAGUCUGAAGGGUUAGAAUCUCAAUUUAGGAUUUCGCAUGUUCUCCCAUUGCUUGCGAGAGCAUGUUUUAAUGCCAUUGGCGCCGUUAGACGUCUAAUUCAUUUGAACUGAGAGGGGCUGGCAGUGAAUGAUUAUAUUUCAGUCAAUUCAAAACGCUCGUAUCUUGAGCCAUCCAAAAUUGCAACGUAUAUCGUGGUUUAUUUUUUACAAGGGCGUAGGUUUAAUCUCAACAUUGGUAGGGACGUUAUUAGCGCAAUGGACAUAAUAAAAAUAAUGAUCUAAAUAAGGGACGACUAGCUUGACUUCGUUGUUCCUUGUGAAGGCUGGCCUGACCGUAGUAGUUUUGACGGCUAGCGAGUUUAAUCUUAUGCUAACCCUGAUGCAGGUUAAUAUUAUGCUAACUCUGAUGCAAGUUGGACUUUCAGUAGCAAAAUUUGUGGUGUUUCCCCCACCACCACAACAUUGAUGUCUUUUUACA